AUGUCUGGGGGCAAGAAGGCUGUCAACAAGAAUCAGGCGUUUCGGAGGCAGAAAGUCCGAGAUGCGAGGACGAUAAGAGCGCAGGCUGUCGCCGUCGAUGGAAAAGGAGCAGGCGAGCUGAGCGAGGGAGGAGGUAUGCUUAAGAUCGGUGAGUUUAUUGGGUCACGAGAAUUUGAAAUCAGGGAAUUGCAGGCUGCAAUGCGGUCGUCGAAGGCGGCAAAUUCGACAAGGGUGUUCCAGGCGCUGCCUCGCAAGCUGCGCCGGAGAACGGCGUCUCACAACAUUAGGAGGAUCCCCAAAAGGCUGCGCAAUAGGGCUAUUCGAGAGAUGCUCAAAAGUGAGCAAAGUACUGUGGUAAAGAAAAGCGGGAAGCACAGGAGACACGGGCUGACCGCUCGACAGCUGUACAGGGCCAAAAUGUCCACGAAACUACUGCGGCUGGCCGGGAAGUGCACUUCGAUGCGUGCGGGCCUGCCUCGCGAUAUCACCGCGAAGAGCUGCAAUCUGAGACAGAAGUUGAGGGCGUUGCGUGCAACGAUUAAUUCCGCACGCUCUGGUGCGGGGCAGCGUGAGUUGCUGGGCAAUAAACUAGGGAGCUACGAUAAUACGGGUCUAGGAGAAUUAGCAUCUACCCCAAAGGGCCGGCCCAAGUAUUUCAAGAGACAGAGACUCUUCACAUGGCUGCCGUCUCACAUAUGGAAUGCAAAGAGAUCUCAUAUGAUCAAAAGAUGGGGUUUCCAGAUACCCUGGUCGCCGACUCAAAAGUGCUUCAAACUUGCUCAUCGCAUUGGUGGGAAUGUCUCCGCAUCAGAUGGAGCGCUAAGCAUGGACACCAGCUUCUACGGAACGUUGAUUAUCACCGAUACGUCUACCGGAGAAUCAGCUGCCCUGAAAGAACUUGUGUCCCAAAUGACCAACCAACGCGCCGUCCUGAGCAAGUACCGUAUCUCUAAGACAUGGUUCGAGGGGCUAUUGUACGACUUGGAAGAAGAUUCCUCGGCUAUACUCGGUGAGAUGGAUCUGCUAUGGAUAGAGCUAAACAUGGUGAUGAUUAGAACACAUCCUUCCAUUUACUCUAAGGUGUUCAAAUCACUGAAAAGCAGGAUACCGAAUGGCUUUAGGAUCCACGACUGUCGCUAUUCACUGGGUAGCAUAACUCUCAAGGGAGCAAAAUCCUUGAUGUCGUUGGCUUCCGUUUUGCGGAGCUGCGAGAAAUCUCUAUCAUAUCAGCAGUUCAGUAGGAUUUCCAGAGUGUCUGAAAUUUCCAGUCUACCUCACAGGACGAUGUUUGCCUUUAAUUGCAUGGACCCCCGCCAUCUAGCAAGGCCGAGACCGAUUAACUCAUCUGAGCUGGCAAAAGCUCCAACGAUAGAGGAAAUCAUAUCUCUGCAGAACGACUUCCCGCUUGAAGCGAUUACGCAAGUUUUGAAGAGACUCUGCGACCCAAAAAACAGAAGCGACUCAUACAAGAACCAGCAAACUCUCAAGCAGAUCGCUAGCAGACGACAAGCGUUGCUUUCGAGUGAACCUGCCGAUCGAAAACAGAAUAUGAUCCCCUUUGACUCCAAGACAGAUCCUGCCAUCCCUCUUCUGGUGGUAAAGAGACAGCAGAAUAAGGAUUGGGUGCUGCUACUUCCAUGGUUCUGGGUUCUUCCGUUUUGGUGUCAGCUGAAUAGAGUAUCGCGGGUUCAUCAUUUCGGACUAAGACAACAGCAACAAUUGAACUUUGAGGAUGGUAGACUCUACUUUCCAGACGAUUUUCCGUUUACCAAAGCUGGAGAGAUGGAAAAUGCGCUCAAGGGAGGCGCCUCCAGGAGCAAAUGGACCAGGAAGCCGCCUGCCAAAAGGAUAAAUUUCGAACGAAUUCCCGGUCUGCAUAGAGAGCCGAUUCCCGCUAUUGCUGGUGAAAUAGGAGACUCUUUUACCUCAGACUGGAGGCUUUUACAGCUGCUUAGAAACGGCCUUGAAUACUUAACAAGGCAAGACCAACCAUUGACACUGUUUCAUCAGGCCAAGACGUCACAGUUUGCAGCUAACGGCAUGAGGGAGAUUCAAACAGUGAAUGACCUUUUCGAGUUAUAUAAGGACCUUGCAGGAAUAGAGCAGCCCCAGGGCUCCGAAUGUUUGCCUAUCAGGCUUACUGGUCGCCGCGAAAAGUUGGUCGAACGAAGCUGGCAAGAGCCGCUCCAGCUUUCGUUAUCACAGACGCCGCUGGAUGUAGUAGCCAUCUCUUGCACUCUGCUCGAGAGAGGCCGCCCAACUGAUAAUGCCAGAAUCUACAAGAUACCUCCAGAAGAUCAGGAACACUGGAUGAGCGUCAAAGACGGCAUUUACCGCGCCGAUGGAAGAGUCGACCAUGAUGUGCAUCACCCGUCGCCAAGAGUCACAGAUUUGAUCGGAUUUGUUACCAGCGGCUCCUUUCAUCUAGGGCUUGGACGAGGAGUCGCCCACGGUUUCAUCGAUGCAAGAAACCAGUCCCCGCGCUACGUUCUUGUGCGGAAUGUUGGUACUACAACCUACAGAUUAGCAAGCUGGACUCAUAUCGAUAUAUGA